AUGUUGAAGCUGAAACGUGUAAUGAAAACAGUUUCAAGUAAAAAUUUUCGUUUCUCCAUUCGUAAUUUUAGUUUAUGUAAAAAAAUAUAUUAUAAUGGACCUAAAGAUACUUAUAUAAAUUCAGGGUUUGAAUUAAAAAAUGAAGACACAGAAAAAUUAAUUGACCUAGUUAAAGAAAGUUUAAAAUUAAAACUACUUUCUUGUUCAUAUUGUUCGGAAGAAAUCGCUAAACAUUAUUUGGAGCUAGCCAUUUUGGAACAUAAGAAUUUAUUAUUAAAUGAGUCAAAAGAUCAUUACAUCAAAAGUUAUGAAAUAUAUAAAAAAAUUCAUGGUGAUAUAAGUAUAAUGUGUGCAAAUAUUGAAACAUAUAUAGGAGUAGUAUACAAAGAUUUGGGGGAUUUAAAAAAAUCAGAAGAUUUUUUACAGUUAUCAUUAUCAAAUAAAAAAAUGGUAGUUAAGGAAAAAAAAUAUUUAUUGAUUGAUACAUUGAAUAAUCUAGGUUCCUUAUAUCAACAUAAGAAAGAAUAUAAUACUUCUAUAGAAUAUUUCGAAGAAUCUAUAAGAAUAUUAAUGUCCUCAGAAAUAGAACUAAAUAAAAACGAACAAAUAACAUUAUGUUAUUAUAAUUUGUCUUUUUCAUAUAUUGGUUUGAAUGAUAUAAAUUCUUCUAUAACUUGUUUAAUUCGUUCAUAUAAUACGGCAAACGAGACCUUUGGUCCAGAUCAUAAUUUAACACUAAGAAUUAAGGAUUUGUAUGAACGUUUAAAAAGGGAAUCAUCCUUAAAGGAAUGA